ACAUUAAACUAAUAAAGAUGAUACCAAAUCCAAACAGAGUUGGCAAUGUCAGUUGCUAGCUCAACCUCUCUAAUUAUUGUCCUGUCAACUAAAUUAUUGUAAUAAAGCUAGCCCAACUCAAUUUAUUACAACAUCUUUCAUAUUUUGUAGAAAUAUUCUAAAGAUUUUCAAGAAAGUUGUUUACUUUAUGCACUAGUUGAUCACUUAAUAAAGAAAUAUUACUAUUUGUUUGUGUAUUUUACAGUAGCUGUGGCGGUGGUUAAUCAUCAAGAGCUCUUUUUUUGAUGUAGGCGUGGGUAUAAGUGCAGGACCAUUGAUACUAGUCACCCUUUUGCAGGUCCUUGAAAUAGUACUAAUAUUUUCAAGAUUUUCUUGAAAUUUUGUUCUUGGUUUCUAAUGAUUUUUCUCUCUGAACAUCUGUUGUUCAGAAGCUUUGAGUGCAUUAAAUUUUGUACACUUUGUUUGUUUGGUUGUGAGCUGAGAAAAGAAGGGUUUCAGCAGAGUCCCUAAAUUGAAGCAAAAGUUUUUUUUUCAGUGAAAAAGAAGGCUUGGCAGAAGGUGUACUACAGAAUCUGAAAUGGGUUAAUUGUUAGAUAUUGUUGGGCAAGUUAAGAGGAAUAUCUUGUUUGGAGUUCUUUUGCUACUUUUCGGAAGGGGAGAUAUGGAUAGGGGUAGUCCAGAUAAAACUGAGGCAGAGAAAGGGGAUGAGGAUUCUAGAAACUGCAGUGCACCGAACAUGUCUUCGGAUUGGCAAUUUAGUGGUACUAAUCUCAAAAAUGCAUCAAUGGGAUUGAUCAGGGGUAGUAGUCCCCUGGUGAUCUGUAAAGGUGAUUUAAUCGAGUCGUCUUCUUGUUCCACUGCAUCUAUGGUUGAUUCAUUCUGCCCUCCUAUAUGGGACCAGGCCAAUACCAAAUCACAGAACAUGGGAUUUUGUGAUGCCAAUGUGCAAAAUAAUACGGGUUCUGUGAGUCCACUUGGAUACAGAACCGGUAAUCUGGUUGCUCCGAGAACUGAUCUUGAGAGAGCUCUUGAAAUGGGUUGGAGUCCGCAUAAUACAAUGUCGAAACAGAAUAUGCUUCCAACAUCUUCUAGGAUGAUUCCUCAGAGUUUAUCUCAGUUUCCAACAGAUUCUGGGUUCAUUGAGCGAGCAGCGAGGUUCUCAUCCUUCAGUGGAGGUAAUUUCAGUGAUAUAGUAAACGUUUUCAGCAUUCCAGAAUCGGCAAGUGCUUAUACUAGGGAAGCAGAAAAAAUGCAAGGGGAAGAAGAUUUUGCUGGCAGGAGACUGAACUCGAUAUCUGAAGGGCAAUACCAGAAAAACGAGAUCAGAACGGCUGAGUGCUGUAAAGAUGAUACAAUGCCUACUGAGCAUGAAGCUGGUAGAGGGGGGCCUCUCAAUAAUGAGAUGAUGAACGGCUUUCUGAGAUCUAAUGAUAAGGAAAAACAAGGUGUAUGUGAUGCAAGUAAUGAGUUGGAUGAAGGUGAAUUUGGUAGCGGUGGUGCUCAAGCUGAGCCAUCAGAAUCGGAGGGUGGAGGAACUCCUGCCAAGGCACCUGGCUUGAAGAAAAGGAGAAGAAUUGAUCAGCAGGAUACCGAGCUGGACCAAGUCAGGGACACUUCAAAUCCACCAGAAACUACAAAGGAUAACUCAGGAAUUCGACUGAGGGGGGUUCAAAACCCAACUUCAACCGUCAAUAAGCCUGGCGGUAAACGUGGUAACCAGGGAACUCAAGCUUCAGAUUCGAACAAGGAAGAAUACAUACAUGUUCGUGCACGAAGAGGGCAGGCAACAAAUAGCCACAGUCUUGCAGAAAGAGUGAGAAGGGAGAAAAUCAGUGAAAGGAUGAAGUAUCUUCAGGACCUUGUACCAGGUUGCAGCAAGGUCACUGGGAAAGCAGUCAUGCUGGAUGAAAUCAUCAAUUAUGUUCAAUCCCUACAACGACAAGUUGAGUUUCUCUCCAUGAAGCUUGCCACAGUUAAUCCUCGGCUGGAUUUUAACAUUGAAGGGCUUUUAGCAAAUGAUAUCCUUCAGUCACGAGCUGGCCCUUCAUCUACCCUUGGCUUUCUGCCUGACAUGUCUAUGCCUUGCACUCCUAUGCAUCUAUCACAACAUGGACUUGUGCAAGCUGGUCUGACUGGCAUGGGACCAUCUCCAGAUGCUCUUCAAAGAAGCUUCACUUCCCAUUUGACCUCAAUGAGUGGAGGAUACAAGUUGCCUAAUUCCCAGGUACCAAAUGUCUGGGACGAUGAGCUCCACAACAUUGUGCAGAUGGGUCUUAAUUCCAAUAUAACCCUGGAUGAAGAAGAUAUACAAGGGCAUCCGCCAACAGGACAUAUGAAAGCUGAACUCUAAUUGUUUUCAUUGCUCUAACUGACCUACUCCUUUGAUUGUCUUCCGUUACUACAACUAUGAGGUCAAAAAUGCACAUAAAGCUUCUUCUUAGUUAUUAGAAGGAUUAAAAAGUAUUGUAUCAUCAUAUUAUAGGUCAAAGAUCUGUGCAAAGCUCCAAGGUCAUUACUCAGCUUGGACUACGCCUUUCUGGCAUAAGAUUUAGCAACAGCCUCUUUUUGUUAUACAACCAAAAUCGAAUUUUACUGGCUUGCUCUAUAAACAAAGAGGAUUUUUUAAUCUAGAGCUGCUGUAAUCUUCAGCAUUCCCUGCGUCCCUGGGCCUGAUAUGUAGUGAUAAUGGAAAGGCUCUGGUCGUAAAAUUAGUGCCGAGAUCUAGCUAGAUUUCAUACAAGUAUUGUCCCUGAUAUGCAUUUCAAAUGUGUUUUAACCUUGUAUUAACUGAAUAACUGAUUACAAAAGAUGAGAUGGUAUUGAUUUUGUUAUAGAUCAGUCAGAUUUUGUAUUUA